AUGUACGCGAGUGUCCUUCCGAUGGAGAAGCCAGUCCACGUGCACGUACUUCCUCUCACUGACUCAGGCCAGGCUUCCGAAUUCAGCAUUACCUCAGAAAAGCCAAAUCCAAAGAGCCUGUGCUGUUUGUUUGAGGACGGCCUCUGCAGACCGUCUGAGACCUGUGUCAACGAUGGAGUGUUUGGAAGGUGCCAGAAGGUUCCAGCGGUAGACAUACACCGCUAUGAAGUGUCACCGGUGGGUCUGCAGCGCCUGGCAGCCACCUUGCAGAAGCUGUCCCGCACAGGCUUCACAUGGCAGGACGACUACACCCAGCAUGUGAUGGCUCAGGAACUAUCAAACCUUCCCCACACCUACCCACGACAUCUGGAGGCUUCCGACACAGCCAGGGGUGAGGACCCCCGUGCCAACGGCAUACUGACCUUCAUGGCACAGACGUCCGCUCUGACCUACGCUCCUGGGCCCCGGGCCGACCGCCCCGGGGGCCGCCCUUUGAGGACCCACAGCCAGCUGCAGCCUGACGAGCUCAGCCCCAAGGUGGACGGUGGUGCCGACAGGCAGAGUCUGGUCGCUGCGCUGGGUGCCUCUACGGCUCAGAAACCCCCAGCGCCCCACGGGGAGGGUGACCCAGGGCCUCGAAACCCACUGCGGGCACCCUGGAAAACAGCAAGGAUCCUUUCGGCCCCAGCGGCCCUCCAGAAAUGGCCUUCACCUCCAGGAGACCUCGAGGACCCCCCAGCCUUGGAUGAUGGUAAGGCAGCCUCCUCCAAUCCCCUGUUUCCAUUUUGUAACGCUGCCCCCGAUCUCCUCAACAGCCCCCUGAGCCCAGAAGAGGGGAAGGAGCUGUUGCAGAGCGUUGCGCGUCUCCUGGAGGUGCCGAUGAGUGUCUUCGCAGACGUCGCUGUCCUGGGACCAGCCGUGACCUUCAGAGUGAGCUCCAGCGCCCCAAACCUGACGACGGCGGACGUGGUGCAGGCUGCAGUUGACAACAAGGACAAACUGGAAAAAGCGUCUGGACUGAAAAUUCUUCACGCUGGAACCGGGCUGAAAAGCAAACUCAAGCUCCUGCCACACGGAGCAGAGCAAGAGGACUCGACCCCAUUCAUCGUGCUGACCCUGGUCUCUGUCGUGGCCAUGGUCGGGGUCCUCCUGGCCUCCGGUGUCAUCUACUGUCUGCGCCACACCUCCCCCUCCAGGCUGCAGGAGAAGCUCUCGGGCCUGGGGGACCACCCCGGCCCAGAUGCCACCGCCGCCUACCAGGAGCUGUGCCGGCAACGCAUGGCCGUGCGCACGUCGGACCGCCCAGAGGCCUCGCACGCGUCCCGCAUCAGCAGCGUCUCAUCCCAGUUCAGCGAUGGGCCAAUGCCCAGCCCGUCUGCACGGAGCAGCACAUCGUCCUGGUCCGAGGAGCCCGUGCAGUCCAACAUGGACAUCUCCACCGGCCACAUGGUCCUGGCCUACAUGGAAGACCACUUGAAGAACAAGAACCGGCUAGAGAAGGAGUGGGAGGCGCUGUGUGUCUACCAGGCCGAGCCCAACAGCUCGCUCGUGGCCCAGAGGGAGGAGAACGUGCCGAAGAACCGCUCUCCGGCCGUGCUGACCUACGAUCACUCCAGGGUCCUGCUGAAAUCCGAGAACAGCCAUAGCAACUCGGACUACAUCAACGCCAGCCCCAUCAUGGAUCACGACCCUAGGAAUCCCGCCUACAUCGCCACCCAGGGGCCACUGCCCGCCACCGUGGCCGACUUCUGGCAGAUGGUGUGGGAGAGUGGCUGCGUGGUUAUCGUCAUGCUGACACCCCUCUCGGAGAACGGCGUGCGGCACUACUGGCCGGACGAAGGCUCCAACGUCUACCACAUCUACGAGGUAAACCUAGUCUCCGAGCACAUCUGGUGCGAGGAUUUCCUCGUACGGAGCUUCUAUCUGAAGAACCUUCAAACCAACGAGACGCGCACCGUGACCCAGUUCCACUUCCUGAGCUGGUAUGACCAGGGAGUGCCUUCCUCCGCGAGGUCCCUCCUGGAUUUCCGCAGAAAAGUAAACAAGUGCUACAGGGGCCGUUCUUGUCCAAUAAUUGUUCACUGCAGCGACGGCGCGGGCAGGAGCGGCACCUACGUCCUGAUCGACAUGGUUCUCAACAAGAUGGCCAAAGGUGCAAAGGAGAUUGAUAUCGCAGCGACCCUGGAGCACCUGAGGGACCAGAGACCGGGCAUGGUCCAGACAAAGGAGCAGUUCGAGUUUGCGCUGACGGCGGUGGCAGAAGAGGUGAACGCCAUCCUCAGGGCCCUCCCGCAGUGAGCCGCCGGCCGAGGCUGGGAGAGCCCGCACCCACCACCGUCGCUGGGAAUGGCGGCGUGACUUACUUGUGUGUCCUCAGUGUCCCUGCCUCCGGUUACAGGGUGCGUUCGUGUUCAACCAAUCAUAGUAAGGGGAAAUUUGUGGGAUCAUCCAAUCACAGAGAUAAUCACUUUAUCUGUUUUCACUUCCUGGAAAGAAAAACACUUUUCCUUAAAGCACACAUUCACAUUCUUAAUUGCAAACAGCGUCCUACUGAUGCUGCAGGGGUCUGUGCACCGUCUCCAAGGAGAGGGCUGGCCCACGGGCUGUGAAGGAUGGGCGGGCUCUGCGGGGAGGGGACCCAGAGAAAGCUGGCGGGGCACCACGUGCAGAGCGCCGGGUGUAGCAAAGACAUCUGGCAUUUGUCUCUAAGAAGGCUUAUCACCGGGAGGAACCCCUGGCUUGUUCAGAAGUUAGACCAACAAACUGUUAACAUUCUGCAGCUUUGGGGGAAAUAAUAACAUCGUCACUGCAUCUCCCCACUGUUCCCAGGCGGGCUGCCCGACACCUGCCCCCAGCACUGCUGACAGCCCAUCUCUAUCCUCCACCCCCCAAAGAAGGGCCGGGGCCUCCGGGCACACGCGUCCCAGGCCAGCUGCCCCAGGUGAGGCCUCACAUCGGCAGCCAGUCUUGAGACACAUUUUUAACUUUAAAAUAUGGAUUCACACAUUGCAAAAGCAGAUGCAGCUAAUAAACUCUUUCCUUGGGGAUGACCAGAAUUGGGGGAAGCCACCUGGCAGGUAACGAGCUCCGGGGUCCCCGAGGAGCACACUACCCCCCAGCAGGCACCUGUGCUCCCCUCUCAGGGGAUGUCCUGGGCCCUGCCUGCAUCCAGAGGAGACCCUGGGUACCCCAUUCCCAGAAGGAGAUGCAGGGCAAUGUACAUUUUUUGUUUUACUGGGUGUGAGAUCCUAGCACCAGCGAGAAAAGUGGAAAAGGCAGCAUUUCCUAGGCCUCUUCCCGGGUCACCUAGGUCAGACACUUGUGUGACUCACACAGACACAGGCGUCUAGAGGCCGUUUGGAUUAUCACCCCACCCCCACCCCGGAGACGGAACUCAUUUCGCUGGACUCAGCGAUGGUUUCUAAGAAGGAGUGCAGACAGCUCUGUAUGCGGCUGCUUUCGGCCUAGGGUUAGGUGUGGAUACCCCCCGGUACCCUCCCCGUCCUGCUUACUGCACACAGUCUCCCGCCCUAAAUAGACACUGCAUCCCAGACACCAGGAGUGUCAGGAGCGUGGCCCGUGACCAGGGAGGAAGAUGCCAAAAUACUGUGUGUGUCUUUAAGUGGUCCCAUCAUGUCAUCUGCUCUGAUAGACCUAUGAUUUUUUGCCAGAGUUGUUUCUCCCUAUCUGGAACCUAAGUAAUGAAUAGAAACUAAUUUAUCUGAAUAUAGGAAGCAUAUACCUACUUGUAAUUUCUAACUUCUUAUGUUUCGGAAGAAAUCCUCCAGUGUGAGAUAUAUAAAAAUAUUUAAUUGUGUCAGAUUAAACUUUUGAUUU